AUGACAGAUGCCCGAGGUGUCAUAGAGAGGAGGAGACGUUGCUCCAUAUAUUACGAGACUGUCCUUUUGCUUAUAGUAUUUGGAAGAGCAUGGCUGCUACAGCAUAACAAUGGCGAAACUUUGCGGAUGUAUCUUGGGAUCAAGCUUGCAGUUGAGAUGGAUAUCCCCAACCUGAAGGUGGAAUCGGACUCUCACUACGGUAUCACCAUUGUUGGGGUGCCUUCAGUUGAAGCUCACGCGAACUCGUCUCUGGCUCGUUCGAUCAAGGAACUUGAAACCAGGUUGGAAAAGGUAAAAAUCAGCCAUGUCUAUAAAGAAUCAAACUUUUGUGCUGAUUUAAUGACGAAGCUCAGACACAUAAUGGAAGAAGGAGUCACCGUUUUUAGGCAUCUCCCAUCACUGUUGAUGAUGCAUCUUCUUACAGAUAUUAGGGGAAUUAAAUUUUCAAGAGUAGUUGUUGUUUAG